AUGGACUCGCUCGAACUUGACGCUGACGCCUUCUACAUUUGCACGGAACUUUCGCCGCGUUGUUACGUCGUGCAAAAGGUUUUUUUUUUGGAAGAGACCGACGCUCUUGAGCAGAGGAGACUAUAUGCAUUAUUUUCUCACCUUUCACCUUUUAUCGUUCAUGUUUAUAUAUACAAUAUUCGUCAACUUCAACCGUCAAAUAUUUUAUUCAACAGUUGAUUUUUCAACCGUUUGACUAUUUAAAGCGGGCAACAGUUGAAACAUUUUUGAUGGAAAAAAAUCACUUGAUAUAAAAAAACAAGUUUAAACAGUUGAAAGUUUGUUUCCGACGUUUUUUUAAACCGUCUUUUACGUUUUUUUAUCAAAGAUAUAAUAUUUUUUUAUCAAAGUAGGUAUUCACAAAGUUUAUCUUUUUUAGCUUACUGUAUAAAAAUAAAACAAUUAAUAAAAAAAUAACCGGUUCGAGAAUUCCAUAUUCAAUUCACAAAUUUAUUUGAACAAAAUCGAAACAGAUUUUUUUCAGUUUGAGUUUGUUAGGUUCUUGUUAGGCUCGAAAUUUUUUAAAAAAAUAAUGUUCUUCCAAUAUAACUUUUUAGUUUCACUCCCGUUAAACUGUACUUUCAAGAAUAUUAAUGAGCGCCUGUUUAUUUUUGUCCAAAGUUAAUCCCAACUCAUUUUUGAAAAAAAAACCUUUUGGUACGUAAAACAUAUCAUUUCUUCAGCAUCGUUUAUGGUUUUACCCGUGUAAAAACUAAAAGAUUGUCUUUGUAUAAAUUUUAGAAGCCUGGAAAAAAUUUACGCCACAUGGAUCAUAAUACGCAUGUUGUUUAUUUGUUUCCGAAAUAGUCAUGGGAAUGUUGGAUGGAGAAAAUUGAAAGUUCCCAAAGUUUGAAGACGAAGUCGUUUUUUUUCAUAAUCUGUCAAAAACACGUCACUAAAAAAUGAUAUUUGUGAGACCGUCAUAAGUCCAUUACAGCGAUUUUUGGAAAGCAUCUAAAGGUAGGGACAGCAAAGCCAUGAAAAGCGUCGUACUUUCAUUGCAUUCUGGUUAUUUUUUUCUUUCAAAACAGUUUUCUCGCACUAAUUUUAGAGAAACUUGAGAUUAAUUAUACUGAAUGAAGAAGGUUACGAGUAGAAUGACUCAUCAAAAGCUUCUUGGGGUUUUUGAAAGCUUUGGCAUGAAAUAAAGGCUCCAUAGAAAUUUUCCUAUUUUGCUGCCUUUUUGCGCCAUUUCAUCGGCCCUUAUGCACCAUUUUUGCUGCCUCUCCCUUUUUCCACCAUUUUUUGAGCCUUUGAAAUCCUAUAAAAAAUGGAAGGCUCGAUAAAGGGACUCAUUUGGCUACCUUUCUGCGACCUUUUUCGAGCUUCUCCCUUUGAGCAUUAUCCACAAUUCCGACCUUGCCCGAGAAUUCAGUGUACUAUUAGAAUGAAAAAAGACGAAAAAAUAAGGUUUUCUUGUAUGAAACAUCCGGAUACAGUUACUGAAGGAUCUUUUCUUCCAUAGUCUUUUCGCUAAUGAAAGAUUUUUACAAGCGAGAAGAUAGAAUUUGAAACUUCAAUCUCGCACCUCCCCUAUACCAACCCUCGAAAAAUGGUGAUAAAUAAAAGUGCUGCAGGCGAUACAAAUCGAUAAAUCGCAAAUUGAACGGAUGGUCGGAGAGUUGGAGAAAAACGCGGCAGGCAACAGCGCGACCGCCGGCAGUGCCGCGGGGCCUUCCAGCUCCACUGGAUACGUUCACGCGCCCCCCGCACCUCCACUCCCGUACUGGUUCGUAAUCAAGCUUUUUUUCGUUUAAAAAAAUAAUUUAUAUGAAAUUUCUUUAAAAGUAGCUUCAUCAAUGAGCUAUGAGAAUUGUGGAGAAACUGUCUUCUGAUUUUUUUUUUCAUUAAAGAUUUCAUAGUUUCCCAUGAAGACAUGUUUCCCCAAAAACGUAUCCAAAAUAUCGAUCAGCGUGUUUUUGGUUGGCCCACAUGAAAAAUGUCCAAUCGGUUUCAAUUUUCUCGAUUGACUCUCUCUAAAUAAUGUCUCUGCUUUCUCUCGUAGCUCUCAAAUUAAAACCAAUCUGUGCUUCAUUUUUAUUUUCGAUGAUUUUCGUUUCGAAAAAAGUAAUCCUUCUAUGUUUUCAAUGUAGACAGACUAAACUUCCUUAAAUUUACUUAGAAACUCCAGAGGGGUCCCUAUAGGGGCAACCAUGAAGGCCCUUGCAGGGUCCCCUCUAGGGACUACUUUACCAACCCUUAUAGGGGCCACUGAAGCUUGCAAAAGUAGUCCCUAGAGGAGUUUUUAGUUAGUGCCCCCUAUAGGGGACAUGUUAUUCGAUAAUUGUUAUGAACUCCAAGCGAAGAAGCAUUUUAUGAGAAAAACUAAAUUUUUGUAGGGACCACUCUGAAAUUCCUAAUAUAACUUAGACCUCAGAAAAUAUAAAUCUCACGUUUUCUCAAAAAAAAAAACCAUCCACCGUACGUGAUUGAAAAAAGAGUAAUGAGUGUAUUUCGCAGGUUCACGCGCGAAUGCAAGGAGAAAAUGCUCAAGUGUGAGUCUCCGGCUCAAAGUGUAGCUUCGGGAUCUUUCACGCCGACGCCACCGACGGCCAUGCCGGUGCCCGACCUCAAGCAGCAGCUCAAGGCUCAGCUCGAGUACUACUUUUCCAGGUGA